AAACAAGCAUCAGUCCGCUGUUCGCCACCCUCCGCAACUCCCCGCGAACAGCGAUCGCCGCGCUCAGCUCCGGUCACACUUCCUGCAGCAGAUCUGCUCUGCCCAUCGGCUUCCAAGCUCAGGGCUCUGGUCACACCCUAAACACCGCACCGCUCACAGUGCCGAGGGUCGCGUACUCUUCCAACAGGGCAAGGGCUCACCACGAAAAUUGACCGCCUCGAGAAGACAUCGCGGUGCUCGAGGCAGACAGACAGAAAUCAGGUAUCUGCUUGCAAACAGACACACAGCAAUGUUCCCGGUCCUGCGGCAGUUUCUCGCAUUCAGAGCUCCGGCGGUUCUCUCACGGUUCGGUGCGCAGCUUUACCGCUCGCCCGCUGCGUUCGCCCCGCUCAGCAGCGCAUACAGUCCCUCUCUGCUCCGGCAAUUCUCAUCCUCGCAGCCGGCCCACGCCACUAUGCGACAAGUCAUCCGCGGCGCGCGGAAGCCGAAGCGUGGAAAUCGAAAUAUGUCUGAGUCUCCGGAUCUGGACCGGUGUCCGCAGCGACGAGGCGUCAUCACCCGUGUCGCGACCAUGAAGCCCAAGAAGCCUAACUCUGCGCAGCGUAAGGUGGCCAGAGUGAAGCUUUCGAACGGAAAGAUGGUGUACGGAUACAUCCCCGGUGAGGGACAUAACGUCCAAGAGCAUUCAGUCGUCACUGUCAGAGGUGGCCGUGUUCAGGAUUUGCCCGGUGUGAAAUACCAUUUGGUCAGAGGUGCUCGUGAUUUGGGAGGUGUCGCCAACAGAUCCAAGUCGCGGUCUAAGUACGGUGUCAAGAAGCCCGCAAAGACAUAAACAUUGUAUAUAGAACUUUUGCGACGCUAAAUACAUUUUCUACCUAAUAUAC